CCAUGAAUUUCCGUAUAAUUAUGUGUCACGUGAAAGGUCAAAGGUCAUCUUACUAACCAAUCUUCCAUCAAAAGCCACAGAACUAGAACAAGCGCUAAGCAAGCUCUCCUGAUCGUGCCUCAACAUGGCUACCAGUAACUCCUACACUGGUCUGUUGCGUGAGCUCAAGGUGGGAGGAGAGUUAUAUCAGUACUAUGAUAUCCAGUCUCUCAACACGGACAAGUACAAGCGUCUACCCUAUUCUGUGCGUGUGCUCUUAGAGUCAGCCGUGCGUAGCUGCGAUGGUUUCCAGGUAACCACGGGAGAUGUGGACAACAUCAUCAACUGGGAAGAGAGUCAAGGCGUAGAGAUCCCCUUCAGACCAGCCAGAGUCAUACUACAAGACUUCACGGGUGUCCCCGCUGUGGUGGACUUUGCUGCCAUGCGUGAUGCAGUCAAGAGGUUAGGGGGUAACCCUGCCAAGAUUAAUCCCGUUGCUCCAGUUGACCUUGUGAUAGAUCACUCUGUGCAGGUGGACGUGUUUAGGAGCAACGAUGCUCUGGAGAAGAACCAGGAAUUGGAGUUUCAGCGAAACAAAGAACGAUUCCAGUUCCUGAAAUGGGGGGCCAAUGCUUUUGAGAACAUGCUCAUCGUGCCACCAGGGUCGGGGAUAGUGCAUCAGGUGAACCUAGAGUUCCUAGGGAGAGUGGUGUUCAAUGACGAGGGCCUCUUGUAUCCUGACAGUGUAGUGGGAACAGACUCUCACACCACCAUGAUCAAUGGACUGGGCAUAGUGGGAUGGGUAGGUGUCGGUGGAAUAGAAGCAGAAGCUGUUAUGUUGGGACAGGCCAUAUCCAUGGUCCUACCAAAGGUCGUGGGGUACAAACUGGUGGGGGUCAUUAACCCUUUAGCCACCUCUACUGACGUUGUCCUCACUAUUACAAAGCACCUUCGUCAAGUGGGUGUGGUCGGUAAAUUCGUAGAGUUCUACGGACCUGGAGUGGCUCAGUUAUCCAUAGCAGACCGAGCUACCAUCAGUAACAUGUGUCCAGAGUAUGGUGCCACUGUGGGAUACUUCCCUGUGGACCUCAUGAGCCUCAAGUAUCUACGACAAACUGCACGUGAUGAGGUCAAGAUAGGGUACAUAGAGGCGUACUUGCGUGCUGCUGGUUUGUUCCGUGAUUACACUGACCCCUCCACUGACCCUGCCUUCUCUGAGUGUGUGGAGCUUGAUCUAGGGGGUGUGGUCCCGUCAUUAUCCGGACCCAAGAGACCCCACGAUCGCGUGAGUGUGAGCGAGAUGAAGCAAGACUUCCAGUGUUGCCUUGACAACAAGGUUGGGUUCAAAGGGUUCGCCAUCCCUCCACCCAAGCAGGCGAACUCUGUACCCUUCUCCUACGAGGGACACGACUACAACCUCACACACGGUUCUGUUGUGAUCUCGGCCAUCACUAGUUGUACGAACACGUCCAACCCCUCCGUCAUGUUGGGGGCGGGGCUAUUAGCUCGUAACGCUGUGAAGCGUGGACUAAGUGUGGCUCCCUACAUCAAGACCAGUCUCAGUCCCGGGAGUGGCGUAGUCACUUACUAUCUGAGGGAGAGUGGAGUCGUGCCCUUCCUGGAGCAACUAGGAUUCAGUCUUGUGGGCUACGGAUGUAUGACGUGUAUCGGAAACAGUGGUCCCCUCCCGGAACCUGUUGUCACGGCGAUUGAAGGAGGUGAUCUGGUUGCCGUGGGAGUGUUGUCAGGCAACAGGAACUUUGAGGGACGCAUCAACCCUCACACACGUGCUAACUACCUUGCCUCUCCUCUUCUGUGUAUAGCUUACGCCAUCGCUGGCACUGUCAGUAUCGACUUUGAGACGGAACCAUUGGGCACGGAUGAGUCAGGGACUGCAGUGUAUUUGAGAGAUAUUUGGCCAUCACGAGUGGAGAUACAACAAGUGGAGAGAGAGUUCGUGUUGCCUGUCAUGUUCAAAGAAACCUAUGCAAAGAUCACCACAGGCAAUGCACGCUGGAACAGUCUCGAGGCUCCCUCCUCCCUACUCUAUCCUUGGGACCACAAGUCAACCUAUAUCAAGCCACCACCAUUCUUUGCUGACAUGGAGAUGACUCCUCCCCCUAUGGUGGGCGUGGCUAGUGGGCGUGUCCUACUUAACCUUGGAGAUUCUGUGACUACUGAUCAUAUUAGUCCGGCCGGGUCCAUCUCACGAAACAGUCCAGCUGCUCGUUAUCUCGGGGCCAGGGGAUUGACCCCUAGAGAGUUCAACAGCUAUGGUAGCCGCCGUGGCAACGAUGACGUGAUGGUAAGAGGCACAUUUGCUAAUAUUCGCCUCGUCAACAAAUUCAUGGCCAAAGCCGGUCCCAAGACAAUACACAUACCCUCAGGAGAUACCAUGGACGUGUAUGAUGCAGCCCAGAGGUAUCGUGAUGAGGGCACUCAACUGAUAGUACUGGCAGGCAAGGACUAUGGCAGUGGAUCCAGUAGAGAUUGGGCAGCCAAGGGGCCCUGGAUCAUGGGUAUUCGUGCUGUGGUAGCUGAAAGCUAUGAGCGGAUCCACCGGUCCAACCUGGUAGGUAUGGGUAUCCUGCCUCUACAAUACAAGCCUGGUGAGAGUGCAGCCACUCUGGGGCUGACUGGCAGGGAGGUCUACACCAUCAAUCUGCCCCAGGACUUGAAGCCAGGGCAAGACCUCACUGUUCAGGUGGACUUGGACAAGAGCUUCACUGUGAAGGCACGCUUUGACACGGACGUGGAACUUGGCUAUUACAAGAAUGGUGGCAUUUUGAACUUCAUGAUUCGCAAGAUGGCCCAACAAUAACAGAGACUCUGUUAGCAUGAUUAUGGACAGUUUUAGUUAGUAUUCAAAUUAUAUAUUAUACCCUGUACAAUGUAGAGUGAUGACUGUUGUACAGUGUGUCAUAAUGAUGGUUUUAUUAUCUUGUAUGCUCAGA